GGUUAUUGUGAACCGUUCUCCCCUUUUGGUUAAUUUCUGCAUUUGACUAGUCAGGUUAGCCUGUAUUUUCUUUAGGGAAGUGAAACUAUCUUUUGGCUUGCUUAAUGUGCUUUGUACACAUUAAAUAUGUAGUUGAUGGCCUUGUAUUUAAAUAAAGAUCUGUAUUCACAUACACACAAUGUUUGUCCAGCCAGUCAAGUUACUCUGCUUUCUGUUAAAUCUUUUUUCCCCAAUAUGUGACAUAAGCAUUUAAUAAAGUGAUUGAUCAAAGUCGUUUAUAUAGGCUUGCUAACAGAUAACAAAAUGUGAUACAGUCAAAAAGGCCUCUGACGAUCUUGAUUGGAAUAUUUAACUGUAUUUGACGGUGGUCAGUUAAGCAGCUGGUCAAGCCUAUUAGUGUGCAUUAUUAAAAAUCAUUGUGGUGUCUUCACAACGUUGGCCUUGUCACCAAAAGUGCAAGUAGCUUGUGAGCUAUUACAGGUUGGCUCUUUUUCUGUCUUGAUAGAUUUUAUUUUCCUUUCAGGUGUCCUGAAAAAUGGCUGACGAUAUUGAUAUUGAAGCAAUGCUUGAGGCGCCUUACAAGAAGGAUGAGAACAAAUUGAGCAGUGCCAAUGGCCAUGAAGAGCGCAGCAAGAAGAGAAAAAAGAGCAAGAGUAGAAGUCGUAGUCAUGACAGGAAGAGGAGCAAAAGUAAAGAACGCAAACGAAGUCGUGAUCGUGAGAGGAAAAAGAGCAAAAGUCGGGAAAGGAAACGCAGCAGAAGCAAAGAACGCAGACGUAGCCGUUCUAGAAGUAGAGAACGCAGAUUCAGAGGCCGCUAUAGAAGCCCAUAUUCUGGUCCAAAAUUCAACAGUGCUAUCAGAGGGAAGAUCGGUCUGCCUCACAGCAUCAAAUUAAGACGGCGGUCCAGAAGCAAAAGUCCAUUCAGAAAAGAUAAGAGUCCUGUUAGAGAGCCAAUUGAUAAUUUGACCCCUGAAGAGAGAGAUGCUCGAACAGUGUUCUGUAUGCAGUUGGCUGCAAGAAUUCGGCCAAGAGACUUGGAAGAAUUUUUCUCUACUGUAGGAAAGGUUCGUGAUGUGAGGAUGAUUUCUGAUAGAAAUUCAAGACGUUCCAAGGGAAUUGCUUAUGUAGAAUUUGUUGACGUUAGUUCAGUACCUCUGGCAAUAGGACUAACUGGACAGCGUGUCCUGGGAGUGCCAAUCAUAGUACAAGCGUCACAGGCAGAGAAAAACAGAGCAGCUGCAAUGGCCAAUAACCUACAAAAGGGCAGUGCUGGACCUAUGAGACUAUAUGUAGGAUCAUUACACUUUAACAUAACUGAAGAUAUGCUUCGUGGAAUCUUUGAACCAUUUGGCCGGAUUGAAAGCAUUCAGCUGAUGAUGGAUAGUGAAACUGGACGCUCCAAAGGAUAUGGAUUUAUUACGUUCUCAGACUCAGAGUGUGCCAAAAAAGCCUUGGAACAACUAAAUGGGUUUGAGCUAGCAGGCCGGCCAAUGAAAGUAGGUCAUGUAACAGAACGCACUGAUGCUUCAAGUGCUAGUUCAUUUUUGGACAGCGAUGAACUGGAAAGGACUGGAAUUGACUUGGGAACAACUGGUCGUCUACAGUUGAUGGCAAGACUUGCAGAAGGUACUGGUUUACAGAUUCCCCCAGCGGCACAACAGGCGCUGCAAAUGAGUGGGUCUUUAGCAUUUGGUGCUGUGGCAGAUUUGCAAACCCGACUUACCCAGCAGAAUGAAGUUUUGGCUGCAGCUGCUUCUGUACAACCACUUGCAACACAAUGCUUCCAGCUUUCCAAUAUGUUUAAUCCUCAAACUGAAGAAGAAGCUGGUUGGGAUACAGAAAUUAAAGAUGAUGUUAUUGAGGAAUGUAACAAACAUGGAGGAGUUAUCCACAUUUAUGUUGACAAAAAUUCAGCUCAGGGCAAUGUGUACGUCAAGUGCCCUUCAAUCGCUGCUGCCAUUGCAGCUGUCAAUGCAUUGCAUGGACGGUGGUUUGCAGGUAAAAUGAUUACAGCAGCAUAUGUACCUCUUCCGACAUACCACAAUCUUUUCCCUGAUUCCAUGACAGCGACCCAAUUACUGGUUCCAGUUCGACGAUGAAGAUGGAUUUAGUCAGUUUUGUAUAUAGCUAUUUUUUGGAGGAAGAUUUGGAGUUAUCUUUUUAUUUAGAUAAAACUAAAGGAAAAGGUUUAAUGUCAUUUUGUGUACACUUCCCGUUUUACCUUUAAAAAAUAAAAACCGAGUAAGUUCUCCCUAACUAGCAUUCCCACUGUGUACAAAGCUGUUUGACUUCUUGUUCUGCCUUGUAAUUCUUGUACAUUUACUGAGGUGUUCUGUAGGACCUGAGAAGUAGCUGAUAGAAACAAAUUUUCUGUAAAAGGCAGAUGGAACAUAAUAUUUUUAAUGUUUCACAAGCCUUUCUUUUAAUACAGUAAUUA